GAUAACACUCGUCCCCAUAGAGACAGGCUCCUACAACAGCAGAGCUGCCCGUUAGACCAGCCAGUCCUCUCUCAGAGGCGAUGACAGCCUCAGGAUGAAACACCCGGCCUUUGGAUAUAAAUAAUUUCCUCGAAAACGGCUUUUCUGGAUGGUUGCCAGUCGGAUAUUUUUAUUAUUGGAUUAACGACCAUCAGCCGCCAGCCGCAGCUUUAUCCUGAGAGGCCGGAGAUUUGUGUCGCUGGGCAGGGAGGAGUCCUCUUGUUAUUUCACCGUCAGCUGAAGCCAGGCGAGCAUGUCGGCGUUUUAACAGCACAUUCAUCUCUAACGUGACGUACGUGAGGAGAGAGGACUCAAUGCGCUCUUAGAGGAUGGAUGUGGAGGUGAGUGCUGGCAGGGACGGCACCUGGAGGAGAGCAGAUGAUGAUGAUGAUGAUGCAGGACGAGGUGGAGGAGGUGGCAUGGAGGCUCAGGUUGUACCACUGGAGCUCUACGACUCUGCAAGAGCCAAAAUAGACGCAAAUCUCCGCUGGUUGUUUGCCAAAGCCUAUGGUAUAGACAAUAUCCCUGCAGACCUGCGAGACCCCUUCUACACUGACCAGUAUGAGCAGGAACACAUCAAGCCCCCCAUCAUCCGCCUGCUGCUGUCUGGAGAGCUCUACUGCCGGGUGUGUGGGCUCAUCCUGCAUGCUGAGCAGGCUGCCUUGCUCCAGAGCCACCAGUCUGUCAUCCAGGCCCUGUCCAGGAAAGGCAUCUAUGUCCUGGAGACGGACAAUACACCUGUUUCUGAUCUGGACCUCAGCUCGACUCCCAUAAAGAUGAGCUCCCACAUCCACCUCAUUGAUGCCCUGAUGAUGGCCUAUACAGUGGAGAUGAUCAACAUAGAGAAGGUUGUGUCCAGUGUCAAGCGCUUUUCGAACUUCAGUGCCUCCAAGGAGCUGCCUUUUGACCUGGAAGACGCAAUGGUCUUUUGGAUCAACAAGGUGAACAUAAAGAUGAGGGAGAUCACGGAAAAAGAGCUGAAAAUGAAGCAACAUUUGCUGGAGUCAUCCAGUCACCAGAAGUCUCCCUCCAAAUGGUACUGGAAGCUUGUACCUGUGCGUUACCGCAGAGAUCACCUGUCAGGUCGGACGCUUCAGCAUUUCCCCCUUUUGGAGGACUUGUUGAAGGAUGUGUGUGAUGGCACGGCUCUUCUGGCUGUGAUCCACUUCUACUGCCCAGAACUCAUUAGACUGGAAGAUAUCUGUCUGAAGGAGGUUCCUUCUAUAGCAGACAGUGUAUACAACAUCCAGCUACUGAAGGAGUUUUCUAAUGAGUACCUGAACAAAUGCUUCUACCUGAAGCCUGAGGACAUGCUGUAUUCUCCACCAGUGCUGAAGAGUAACGUGAUGGUCUUUAUUGCUGAGCUUUUCUGGUGGUUUGAGAGUGUGAAGCCAGACUUUGUACAGCCCAGGGACCUUCAGGAAAUCAGAGAUGUGAGAUUGCUGCUGCAGCCUAAAGGUUCUCGAUCCCAAGUUCCCAUCUCCAAUGUCACAAAACGUAGUUUCCUGACAACAUCAAACUCCGCUGAUGUCUUGACCAUGCCCCAGAGCCCUGACCUCAGUAUUAAACCAAGCUCAUCAAGCCCAUCUCACUCUUUACUGCCCCUGAGACAGAGACAGCAGAAGGUCCUUGAGGAGAGCACUUCAGAGCUGAGAAACAGGUCCAACUCUGUGGCUCGGGCAGAUGGGCAGCACCAGGGCUCAGCACUGGCCUGGCCAGAGAGGAGGCCGAGGCCUUUAUCCCAGCCGGUACCCUAUGCCCUGCAUUUUCCCAUGGAGGAUGAUGCAGACAGUAUCAGCCUCGCUCGCUCCAUCAGCAAAGACAGCUUGGCCUCCAAUAUCAUGAGCAUUACCCCUAAACACAUGCUGGGAUCAGGUUCCCAUCUGCCUCAGCACAGACUCAGUGGUCAAAGCCUGCUGAGUCACAUGCGCAUAGAGGAUGAGGAAGAGGAAAUAGAAGAGGAGGAGCUGGUUGCUGUUAUCCACCCUUACGCAUAUUCUCAACAUCGACUCGGGAGUGAAAUGGAACAGGAUGAGCUGGAGCUCGAGAAUGCAGCCUCCACCUUAAAGGUUGCUAAUUCUCGUCGGUCUCCUCGCCUUGACACGGGUCCCUUUACAGCAGACCGUCAGGCUGACAGCUACUAUCUGGAGCCUUUGAUGCCUGCCGUCCCUAAGCCCGCCAAAGAGAAGAGCAUCAGCCUGAAUAAGCAGGAGGAAAGUGGUGAGAGUCGCUGUAGAGCAGCAGGAGCUGCAAGGAAAGCAGCCACCAAUGUCCCAAGCACAUUUCAGAGGAAAGCCCCUGUGGCUGAGUCAAGAAGUACCUUUAUGCCCAUACCUGUUGCAGAAUCAGUGCCUAGCUCUCUCAGGCCACCCACAGAGGGGUCGAUAGGCAUCUCUCCAUCUGUGAAUAAACAGUCCCAAGGCUUUUUCCUUCAUUUGUCAGGAGAGCCAGACCAGCACAGUCCUUUCCCAUCUGUGCUGGAGGUAGGGCAUGACUCUGACUCAGACAUUGCAGACCUUGAGGAAGACGAUGAGGAGGACGAUCAGAUGGAGUUGACUAGAGAGGUGGUGAGAAGAGGAAAAGGAAAAUAUUUAGAGGAGGGGGAGGUGUGUGAAUUCAUAGAGGGAGAGGGGGAGUCAGCCAAGCUGAGAGAAGACUUGAAGGUGAGCGAGCGGGAUGAUAAGGAAGAUGGCAGUGGACGCUCAAGCCCUCCCCAGCACCAUAUCCUGGGCGAGCAGCUGCAGCGCUUCAGCAGUGCCAGUGCCAGUGUCAAGAUGACCAGCUUUGCAGAGAGGAAGCUCCUUAAACUUGGCCUCCGCGAUGGAUUUUCAAGUACCAGCAGCUCCCAGAAGACAACACCAGAUGGCUCUGAGAUAGCCCCUCCCUGGCAGCUGAGGAGCGACUGCACCUCUGGUUGGAUAGGGAAGGAGACCAGUUCUGUAUUGGGGAGUAAUAUAAUGGGGAAUCCCCCAGUAGUGCCUUCGGAGCUGCUGCAACUACACAUGCAGCUAGAAGAGCAAAGACGUGCAAUAGAGUAUCAAAAGAAGAAGAUGGAGACCCUAUCAGCGCGGCAGAGACUAAAGCUGGGGAAAGCUGCGUUCUUGAACAUUGUCAAGAAGGGUGGAGGGAAGAGCGACACGCUUCCUCUGCCUCUGAAACACCCACAGGAAUCCUCAGAACUAACAGCUGCUGAUUGGAGUAAAGUGAAGGCUCAGUCCUGCCGGGAUGACUCCUGUCUUGAUGCUCUGAAGGUUCAGGCGAAGGCAGGUCAACCGGAAGGAGGACAGAUGAACAGAGACAACAGACUGAACACCCUGUCUCAGGACAGUGGGGCUGAUCCUGGCUUUAAUGAGUGUUCCCGCUCCAUAGAUCUACUCAAUGAGGCUAUUAAUUCCAUUCAGCAGCAGAUGAUGCAGCUCUCAUUACAGCAAGACCUGCUGAUGAAGCAGAAUGUGGUCUCACCUCCAGAAGGUGUAGAGUCAGGCCCUAGCACAACCCCCAACACAACACAAACAACAUCCUCUACCUCAGACUCCAGGUCUUAUGCAGUCCACUUUGUAGAUAUUGGUGGCAGCAAUUCUUUUCCCGCUCGCCGCCCUCCCAAGCUUAGCUCCAGCCAACGCAACAAAGCCACGGACAGAAAACAGAAUAAAGAGAACAGCAAGUUGGCCUCAAACAAGUCUAAUACUCAGUCCCCAGAGUGCACACCCUCUCCAAGUGCUGCCGGAGACCAGGAGACCUCGGCUGUUGUUGAGAGCUCCAGGCUAGAGAGAAGCAUUCAGAGAAACACCACUUUCAGAAUCCAUGAUAGCACCGGCGAAGGAAGUGGGCGCUCUCCAGACAAAGCCCAGACACAGGACCCACCAGUCAUCUCCAGUACACCCGGAUCUCCCUCACAGGCUACAGAAUCAGAAGAGAACAAGGCUGACAACUCAGGAAAAGAGGCUGCGGGUGGAGAUGAGAGUACCAGGGUCAAAGGUCAACUGAUUGAGGUCGAUCUGUCAGAGCUUAAGGAUCCGCUGGAAGAUGGCAGCGCGGAUGUGACAGAUUUAACAGCAGAGAGCGAGCAGAAGAACGUGUUGGGCUUCUUCUUCAAGGAUGAUGAGAAGGCGGAGGAUGAAAUGGCGAAACGUCGCGCUGCCUUCCUCCUCAAACAGCAGCGCAAAGCCGAAGAGGCAAGACUACGCAAACUGCAGCAAGAGGCCGAGAGCGAGCUCAAACGUGAUGAGGCCAGGCGUAAGGCAGAAGAGGACCGCGUUCGCAAGGAAGAGGAGAAGGCACGACGAGAGCUGAUUAAGCAGGAAUACCUGCGGAGGAAGCAGGAGGCGCUGAUGGAGGAGCAGGGUCUGGUCAAGCCUCGCCCACGGACUAAAUCCCGCAGGAACAGGCCAAAAUCACUGCACCGUGAAGAGUACAACAGCCUCUCCAAAGGAUCCACCACACGUAAUUCUCUGAAGGUGUCCAUGUUGAUCAAAGCCCAGGGCUCAGCAGCAGGCUGCAGGGGAGCUGAUCUGAGCUGCAGUCACCGAGGAUCGACGCUGUCUUUGGCGACUGAGGCAGACAGUGUCAUCUCUGGAGGGGCAGAGUCAAACAGGGCUGGAUCUGUGUGCUCUAUGGAGUCGUUCCCUAUGCUGAGCAGGGCAUCCAGCAGGAACAUGGAGAGAGACUGGGAGAACGGCUCCAUAGCCUCUUCUAUCACUUCAACUGAGUAUAAUGGUCCAAAACUCUUCAAAGAACCGAGCUCCAAGUCUAACAAGCCAAUCAUCAUUAACGCCAUUGCUCACUGCUGUCUGGCUGGAAAGGUUAACGAGGCUCAGAAGAAUGUUGUUCUGGAGGAGCUGGAAAAAUGUGAGUCUAAUCACCUGAUCAUCCUCUUCCGCGACAGCGGGUGCCAGUUCCGCGCCAUUUACUCUUAUUCCCCGGACACCGAGGAGAUCAUCAAGUUCACAGGCACUGGACCGCGCUCUAUCGGCCGCAAGAUGAUCGACAAGCUGUACAAAUACAGCUCGGACCGCAAGCAGUUCACCGUCAUCCCUGCCAAGAGUGUGUCGGUCAGCGUGGAUGCCCUGACCAUCCACAAUCACCUCUGGCAGGUCAAGAGACCGGGGAGUGCACGGAGGAAGUGAUAAAGAGGAGGAAGAGGAGGGAAAGAAAGAUGGACACUUGUUACAGUUACUGUUGGGCAGGACCCAAUAAUCUUAGAGAGGAUUGACAUGUGAACAUGUGUCUCACAUGUCAUGACAGAGAGGGCUUAGAUGUUCUCACUGAUGGAGACUGUGGAAGUGCAAGAAUUUGAAACACCUGCCAGCUGAGGGCACUCUGUUUUUCUUUUUUAGCUUUUUAUCCUGCAUGUCACACUUUUACGUUUUAAUUUGAAGGUACGUCCUACAGUGAUUGGGCACUACUGAUGACAGAUUCUUAUGUAGCAGUGAAGGGGAAAUGGACCCUGGAGUUGAAUACUACUGAAUCUACUCAAGUGUACCACUGAUAGCAAGUGCAACUACAGACAGCAGUGGUGAACAAUCACUUAAUAAUGUCUUGUAAAGUUUGCUAUUUCAGCUUGGCAAAAAAAAAUUACCCUACUGCUGUGAUUAAUCCAGGCUCCACAUACAGAGCCCCUGUUUAUUCACCAGUAACCAUUACUGGUCAGUGCUUUUAUGACAAGGGAGCUUUGAACAGACUUUUUUUUAAUGUAAGUAUGGAAUGGAUGUUAGUGAGUGGUAAUGUCCAGUCUCGUUUUCUAUCCGUGUGUUUGGGGAAGUGUGUGAGUGUUUGUGUUAGGGGAAGGGGGGAGAGCUGAAUGCACCGCUUGUGCAUUCAGCUCUGAAUGUUUACUCUCUCGAUUAUGCUUUAAAACUUCUGUCAUGCUACAGAACAACGGAGCAAAGCAACAAAACAAUAUAUUUUAUGUUUUAGUUUGGGAGCUGCUGUUAUUGUGGAAGAGAAAUAAUGUUUUUACAGGAGGGGAAAUUGUACUAGUAAUUAUUGCAUACAGGAGGCGCUUUUGAGACUCAGUGCAUUAUACCUUAUCAGUAGUGCAUUAUAUUGUAUUAACUUCGUACUUGUAUUCCACCACUCAUAUGAGCCAUCUGAGAUCCCUGACUGGCUCAUAUUGCUGAACCAAAAUGAACUGAGCUAUGCCACUGAGCUGUUUGCUGCUCAUUAACUGCUCGCUGGAUUCUGGUGAGCAUAAGAUUUUAAUGUAGCUUCUGGCGUUCAACACUAGUAAUAUCCCUGAAAUGACUGACUGUCAGCAGCUGGUAUAAUGCGGGGAGGGAAACUGCACAAUACUUGAUAUUUGUUUGCUGCAUUUGUACAUUUUUGAGUAGUAUUUUUUGUACAUUAUGUACAAGUUAUGUUUACUAAAAAAACAGGCACUAUUUUGAGGUUUAUUCUGUCACAGGCUUUCAGAGAUGUUAUCAGUUUUAUUUCAUUGUGUUAUGUUAUUUAUUUAUUUUGAAGAAAUAUAAUAAAAUGCAACUAGGUACGUUUUCUUGCUAA